UAUGACAGGCUUUAUCGCAUAUGGGCUGUGCCAUUGAACAGCUGUUCAUAUAAAAGUUGGUAUUUUCAGAAUUAUUUUAUUGACAAUACAAAUGUUAAUAUCAUAUGUUGUCUGAGCCACCAGGCUGCUGAAGUGGAGGGACCUUUCCCAUUUAUCUUGACUUCACCUUUUCGUACCGUUUUCAACGUUAUUCAAGAUGGCCCAGUGGUUCCAGCUGCAGCAGCUAGACUCCAAGUACCUGGAGCAGGUGGACCAGCUGUAUGAUGAUACUUUCCCUAUGGAGAUCCGCCAGUACCUCAGUGCCUGGAUAGAGAGCCAUGACUGGGACAUGGUGGCCACCAGCGAUUCUCUUGCAGCGGUCCGUUUCCAUGACCUCCUGGCCCAGUUGGAUGUUCAGUACAGCCGCUUCGCCCUGGAGAACAACUUCCUGUUGCAACACAAUAUACGCAAGAUUAAACGCAACCUGCAGGACCACUUCCAGGAAGACCCUUUGCAGAUGGCCAUGAUAAUCUGUAACUGUCUGAAAGAGGAGAAGAAGAUCCUGGCCUCCAUCAUCAAAAAAGAGGAUAAUGUGGGGUCCACACCAAACAACAUGGUGUUGGAGAAACAGAAGGAGCUGGACAACAACGUUAAAGACCUGAGGAACCGAGUUCAGGUUUCAGAGCAUGAGAUUAAGUCACUGGAGGACCUACAGGAUGAACACGACUUCAAGAAGAAGACACUGCAGAGCCGAGUGGAACAAGAGGUGAAUGGGAUGGCACAGUCACAGCCGGUAUGGAAAGAGAUCCGCGAAGAGGAGAUUGUAAUCAGCAAGAUGUUCAUCAAACUCAACAUAACCAGAGAGGUGGUGGUGAAUCAGAUUUCUGACAUCUUGUGCUUGGCCGAGCAGAUCCAGUUCAACCUGGUGACAGUGGAGGUACCUGAGUGGAAGCACAGACAGCAGAUAGCUUGCAUCGGUGGUCCGCCUAACGCCUGUUUGGACCAGCUACAAAUCUGGUUCACUGCUGUGGCAGAGGGCUUACAGCAGGUGCGUCAGCAGCUGAAGAUGCUCCAGGAGCUAGAACAGAAGUACACGUACGAGAAUGACCCCGUCACUCAGGGCAAAAGCGCUCUGGAGGAACGCGCUCUCGCCCUAUUCAAGUACCUCAUUGUCAAUUCUAUCGUGGUGGAGAGACAGCCCUGUAUGCCCACUCACCCUCAAAGACCCAUGGUGCUGAAGACUGGGGUGCAGUUCACUGUCAAAAUCAGACUCCUGGUGAAGCUCCAGGAGUUCAACUACCAGCUCAAAGUCAAAGCUGUGUUUGACAAGAACGUCACUGAGAAGAGCACAGUGAGAGGGGUCCGGAAAUUCAACAUCUUGGGAACCAACACUAAGGUUAUGAACAUGGAGGAGUCCAAUGGAAGCUUGGCAGCAGAAUUCAGACACCUGCAACUAAAGGAACAGAAAGUUACAGGCAACAGAUCACAUGAGGGUCCUCUCAUAGUGACGGAGGAGCUCCACUCUAUUAGCUUUGAGACUCAACUCUGUCAGCCAGGACUCCAGGUCGAACUAGAGACAAUGUCCCUGCCCAUUGUGGUCAUCUCCAACAUUAGCCAGCUGCCCAGUGCCUGGGCCUCUGUCAUGUGGUACAACAUGCUGACCUGUGAGUCCAAGAAUCUGUCGUUCUUCCUGAGCCCUCCUCAGGCCACCUGGAGCCAGUUGUCAAACGUGCUGAGCUGGCAGUUCUCCUCCAUAACCAAGCGAGGCCUCAACGACGAGCAGCUGAGCAUGCUGGGAGACAAGCUCCUGGGUGGAGAAGCAGCCGGAAACCCUAAUGGGCUCAUCCCCUGGACCAAGUUCUGCAAGAAUGUGAAUGAGAAGAGCUUUCCCUUCUGGCUGUGGAUCGAGGGAAUACUGGACCUGAUCAAGAGACACCUGCUGUGUCUGUGGAAUGAUGGGUGUAUCAUUGGCUUUGUUAGUAAGGAGAGAGAGAAGGCCCUGCUGAAGGACAAGGAGCCUGGAACUUUCCUGCUGCGCUUCAGUGAGAGCAGCCGAGAGGGAGCCAUUACCUUCACCUGGGUGGAGGGCUCCAAUAAUGAUGUCCAUUUCCACGCGGUGGAGCCCUACACUAAGAAGGAGCUGGCCGCUGUCUCUUUUCCUGACAUCCUCCGCAACUACAAGGUGAUGGCUGCCGAGAACAUCCCUGAGAACCCUCUGCUCUACCUCUACCCCAACAUCCCCAAAGAGAGCGCCUUCACACGCUACUACAGCCGCCCCACAGAAGCUGCUGAGCCAAUGGAGUUGGAGAGUGCCUCUGAGGCUGGCUACAUUAAGACGGAGCUCAUCUCUGUGUCUGAAGUCCACCCCUCCAGACUACAGGACGCCAUGCUGCCCAUGAGUCCCGAAGUGUAUGGAGAGCUGACCAGGAUUAUUAACCCUGAUGAGAUUGAAAAUGUGAUGUGCACUCCCUUCCCAAACUAAUCUGCCCUCUUCAGGUGGUGCCCAGGAAAAUUUGUUGAUGUCCAGUUGGUAGUCUUGUCCCAUCGCUGCAACUCCUGUUCGAACUCGGGAGAGGCGAAGGUCAAGAGCCAUGCGUCCGCUGAAACAUGGCCCUGCUUCUUGACACAUUGCUUGAUUAACCCAGAAGCCAGCUGCACCAAUGUCUCGAAGGAAACACCGCACAACUGGCGACCGCCACAGGAGUCGCUACAGCGCAAUGGGACAAGGACAUCACGUCCCAACAUUUCUCCAAGUUUCUCCAAGCCCUAGUUAUUUUGUUGCUUUGACAAAGUCAUUUCUGAAGAUUAUUUUUUAUUUCAUGUGAGUAGGGAUUCAUUUGCAUCAGUCCCUCAUUUUAAGGUCAAACCUGUUACGUAAACUGAGCUCUCGUUUUAAUUUGGUGAAACUAUUCCUUUUGAAAUAUUGCUUUCAAAAGAAACAUUGAACAUCUAAUAGUCAAAUCACAGAGUAAACGCAGGAGUGCUGGAUCUACUCUUUUUUUGUACAUUUUCUGGUGUUUUGUGGUGGAUAACUGUGUAGGUCGAGCGUAACAUGCCAACCCUGUUAGCCAUAGAUAGGCUAGAAGUGUUUUAACAAUUACAUUUUUGGGGUGAAGCUUGCAUGCAAUUGCCCUGAUACUAACCCUGUUACGGUCAACCCUGAUACUUUAUUUGGCACUGAUAGUUUUGAGAUGGGAAAACAUGUUUAUGAAGUUGAACAUGUGCUCUUUAUGACAGAAUGUGAAAAUUUGGUGAUAUCAAAUGUUUUCUUUGACCAAGUGUGAUGGCCCCUCCCUGCUCUGGUUUAUGGGUUUUGCUGUGCUUACUUUCUGCAGGAGAUUGGUGGGUGGAGUAGGAGAGGUGGGCGGAGCUGGGAGGGUCGUCAGUGCUGAUUGGGGCACACCUGUGGAAGCUCAGCUGUGGCAUAAAGCCAAUGUUUCCCCCCCCCAUUCAGCAAGAGAUUCCUCUCUCCGUGCAUACCUUUGGUUGUGUUGUUGUGGCUUUGGCAGUUGACACCUAAUUUACUGACCUUCAUGUCUCAUCUGAUUAUUUCUGUGAGUGUUUAUUUAUGGUAUAAAUUAAUUUUGUUAUUCCUUUACUCAGUGUGUGGUUUCCCAUUGUUUGUUACAAUCUUGAGCCAGGUUGUAACAAGUUAUACAGAAUUUGUGGAAUGACCCUUAUGUGGAAAGUACUUCUAAACGGUACUCACGACUGCCUGGACUUCAUUUUUUUCAAUUCAUUAAAAAUCUGAGCUCUCUCA